AUGGGCCAGCAGCAAUCCGGUUUCGGUGGAAAAGGAAAUGAAAGAGGUGGAGGUGAUGCUGACAAAGAGAAAAAGAAGAAGUAUGAGGCUCCAAUACCAUCAAGAAUUGGGAAGAGAAAGAAGGGAUCGAAGGGACCGGAUACUGCUAGCAAACUCCCUGCAAUAACUCCUCAUGCUCGAUGUCGGCUGAAGCUUUUGAAAAGCGAGAGAAUAAAGGAUUAUCUCCUUAUGGAGCAGGAGUUUAUUCAAAAUCAAGAGCGCUUAAAGCCACAAGAAGAGCGACAAGAAGAGGAGCGAACUAAGGUGGACGAGCUUCGCGGCACUCCGAUGGCUGUGGGAUCUCUUGAAGAAAUCAUUGACGACCAACACGCUAUCGUUUCAACUAAUGUUGGAAGUGAACAUUACGUGAAUAUAAUGUCUUUCGUUGACAAGGAGCAGCUCGAGCCUGGUUGUGCUGUUUUACUUAAUCACAAGGUGUCCAAUAGCAGCUAUACAUUAUCUUUGCUUUGUAUUUCAUUCACUUGCGUAUCAGCUAAAAACCAUGCUGUAAUCGGAGUUCUUGCUGAUGAUGCUGAUCCAAUGGUGUCAGUGAUGAAGUUGGAGAAGGCCCCACAGAGCAAAGCUGUUAAGGAAACUUAUGCUGAUGUUGGUGGCCUUGAUCAACAAAUUCAAGAAAUCAAAGAAUCUGUUGAGUUGCCGCUAACUCACCCCGAAUACUAUGAAGAAAUGGGCAUCAAACCACCAAAAGGGGUGAUCCUUUAUGGAUGUCCUGGUACGGGAAAAACGCUACUGGCAAAAGCUGUAGCUAAUCAGACUUCCGCCACCUUCCUUCGAAUUGUGGGCUCCGAACUUAUCCAAAAAUAUCUCGGAGACGGACCGAAAAUGGUCAGGGAACUUUUCCGAGUUGCUGAAGAAAAUGCACCGUCAAUCGUGUUCAUUGAUGAAAUCGAUGCUGUUGGCACAAAACGGUAUGAUUCGAACUCCGGAGGAGAGCGCGAGAUUCAGCGUACUAUGCUGGAAUUGCUCAACCAGCUUGACGGAUUUGAUUCUCGUGGAGAUGUCAAGGUGCUGAUGGCUACCAACCGUAUUGAGUCCUUGGAUCCUGCUUUGAUUCGUCCUGGCCGUAUUGACAGAAAAAUCGAAUUCCCUUUACCUGAUGAGAAGACAAAGAGGAGAAUUUUCCAGGUUGGUAAUAUGAGAGAUUUGCUUCCCUUGUUAUGUUAGUC